GGGCAGCCUUGGGUUAAACAUCUUUAAUAUUUCAAACUGGCCUAGUUGUUUCAGCAUUGCAAAGACCCCUGAGAUCUUGCACCGUGUAAAGCUCUGGUGGCACAAAGCUGGAAAACCCAGCGCAGUUUCUGCAAGAUGCGAGGGGCCGUCCCCACCCACACCCCUGCUCUCCAUCCCACCACCCUGCAUCCUCUCUUUACCUUCUCAUUGUUUUCCCUUUCCUUUGCCAGCUCUUURCCCAGCUUUGGUCAUUUCCCUGCUUUGAGUCACCCCUCUGAGGUGCCAGGAGCGCUUUUUCACAAUGCCAGACAGACACAGAGUGGGGGUGAGGCUCCCACCCUCCCAGCCACCAGCACAGGGUCAAUGAGAAGGRUGACAAAUGACAUGCAAAUGCCUUCCCUGGGGGCUACAGAAAAGUCACUUCCUUGCACCUUUCCGAACAGAGAUAUUUGCAUACUAUCAGACACUGACAUCCUGUUGAACUUUCUUAGAGCGUUUGGUUUGCAGAGACACUCGUUUGGGGAUUUGUGCUGUGUUGACUGAAGGUUGUUUGGCAGAGAGAAGGAGAAAAGGAGCUGGCUGGGAAGGGAAGGCUCACACGACUGGUCCAGAACUAUCCUUCCAUGUGGGAGAGACAAAGGAAUAAUUUGGCUUCAGCUCUGAGAACAAACUGUUCACGAUGUCAAUCAAAAAGGARAGUGCCCACAAGAAGUGGGCUGCCCUGAAGGAGAAACUCGGACCCCAGGAGACUGACCAGUCAGAGGCCAACCUGGAAAAUGCAGAGCCAGAGCUGUGCAUCCGUCUCCUGCAGAUGCCCUCAGUGGUCAACUACUCUGGGCUGAAGAAGAGGCUGGAGAACAGUGAUGAUGCCUGGAUGGUGCAGUUCCUGGAGCUGUCUGGGCUGGAUCUCCUACUGGAGGCCCUGGACAGGCUGUCCGGGCGAGGAGUGGCCAGGAUAUCGGAUGCCUUGCUCCAGCUCACCUGCAUCAGCUGCGUGAGAGCCGUCAUGAACUCCCACAAGGGCAUAGAAUACAUUGUGAGCAACGAGGGCUACGUCAGGAAACUCUUCCAAGCACUUGACACAACCAAUGUCAUGGUCAAAAAGCAAAUAUUUGAGCUCCUGGCUGCGCUGUGCAUUUACUCAUCAGAUGGCCACGCUUUGGCUCUGGAUGCYUUGGACCAUUACAAGAGUGUGAAGAACCAGCAGUAUCGAUUCAGCAUCAUCAUGAACGAGCUCUCCAACACAGACAAUGUGCCAUACAUGGUGACACUGCUGAGUGCUAUCAAUGCCAUCAUCCUGGGGAAGGAGGAGCUGAGAACAAGGACACAAAUCAGAAACGAGUUCAUAGGGCUUCAGCUGUUGGAUGUUUUAGACAAGCUAAGGUAA